CCGCGGUCGCAGGCGGUGACUUGGCUGGUCUUGGCCCUGCCAUCAGCUGGAACACUUGUGGACUCACUUGUGAAGAAAAGGCAUCGAGUUUGUUUGUACAGCUGGAAUCCCCAGCGACAGGAGAGACAGACCCGGACGUUCCGAAGAGCAGAAUGUACAGCGGGAGAGACCCUGAGACAGACAGACAGGGGUUCCGCCUGGCCGACUACGCCGUGUUCGCGUCCAUGAUGCUGGUGUCUCUGACCAUUGGCCUGGUGCAGUCCAUGCGGAGGGUUGCGGGGGACUCUGAGGUGGAGCAUUUCUUCACCGGGGGCCGGCGCAUGGCACCCCUGCCCGUGGGCAUGUCUCUGUGCGCCAGCUUCAUGUCCGCCGUACAGGUGCUGGGCGUACCAUCUGAGGCUUACCUGUACGGGCUGAAGUUCCUCUACAUGUGUUUGGGCCAGACACUGAACUCCCUGCUCACUGCAUUGCUAUUCCUACCUGUCUUCUACCGCCUACACAUAACCAGCUCAAACCAGUAUUUGAGAAUGAGAUUUGGCAGAGGAAUGCAGCUGUUGGGAAGUUUGCAGUUUCUCAUAGCAACACUGCUCUACACUGGAAUUGUCAUUUUGGCUCCAGCUCUCAUUUUGAAUCAAGCUACAGGGUUGAAUAUGUGGGCAUCUCUUUUCUCCACUGGCUUCAUCUGUACAUUCUACACCACUGUGGGAGGGAUGAAGGCGGUGGUGUGGACAGAUGUGUUUCAGGUAGUCAUCAUGCUCUCUGGCUUUAUUGUGGUCUUCACGUACGGCACCCUCCUGGUGGGAGGACCUGCCAAGGUUCUGGAGAUUGCCAGCAACGGCUCCCGCAUCAACUUCAAUGAUUUUGGCUUUGAUCCUCAAAGACGUUACUCAUUCUGGAGUUUCACCGUGGGAGGGACACUGCUAUGGUUGUCGAUGUACGCUGCAAACCAGGCACAGGUGCAGCGCUACGUGUCGUGCAGGACGGAGAGGCAGGCACAAUGGGCUCUGUUUGUGAACCAGGUGGGUUUGUGUCUGAUUGUGAGCAGUGCUGCUGCCUGUGGCAUUGUGAUGUUUGCUCUCUACUCACAGUGCGACCCUCUGAAAUCUGGCAGGAUUUCCGCUCCGGAUCAGUACAUGCCAUAUAUGGUGCUGGAUAUUUUCCGGAAUCUUCCUGGCAUUCCUGGUCUUUUCGUUGCCUGUGCCUAUAGCGGAACUUUAAGCACGGCCUCCACCAGUAUCAACGCCAUGGCAGCGGUUACCAUGGAGGACCUGCUGAAGCCGUAUCUGAUUGGUUCCUCACAGAGGAAGCAGAUUGUACUCUCCAAAGCACUAUCGUUCCUGUACGGGGUGGGCUGUAUGACCACAGCGGCUCUCUGCUCUCUGCUGGACUGGGGCGUACUACAGGGCUCGUUUACGGUCAUGGGCGUGGUCAACGGCCCACUGCUGGGAGCUUUUAUUCUGGGCAUGUUCAUUCCAGCCACUAAUAAUGCAGGUGUGUUCUCAGGAGUGGCAGUGGGAUUUGUCCUGUCUUUGUGGCUUGCGGCCGGAAGCUCCAUCUACCCUCCGAGCCCUGUGAGGAUGGGUGUCCUGCCCACCAGCGCUGCCUCCUGCCUGUCUGUCAACACCACAACCUAUUCCAGACCUUCGGCUCUCUCCCCAUCAGACCCCCAGCAGAGCGGUCAGCCCGGUCUGCAGAACAUCUACUCCGUAUCGUAUCUCUACUUCGGCGCGCUGUCCACCAGCGCAACAGUGCUGUCUGGACUGCUGGUUAGCUGCAUAACUGGACCCACGGAGAGAGGCUCAGUCCGGCCCGGCCUGCUAUGGUGGGAUCUGGCAGCUCGGCUGGAGAUGCGUGCCCCAACGCCUCCUGCCCCGCGUCCUGCCGCGAGUCCUCUCAGUCCAGACACACACGGUGGAAAAGAACAAGUCCUGCUCCUCAGCCAUGAAGCUGAGAAAAGGGUUUCUUUUGUGUGAGAGCCAGUGGAGUGCUGAACAGAGCAGAAUUCCAGAAGAGAAUGAAACAGCUGCCACUUAUGAAAGACGCUUAUUGUCUCCCUCUCUCUGUCCGUCUCUCCGACAUACCCAGAUGCAGUUACCACUCUUG